AUGGGACGCAAGCCCACGCCGCAGCCGCUGACACUGGGUGACGGCGGCUCAAUGACAAACACGAACUCGAGCCCGAACUUGAACUCGAACUCAAAUUCAAACGCAAAUGCUUUGGCCUACCGCCACAUUGGCGCAAUCGGAACAACGGGAGCAACGGCAGCAUUGGGCUCGGGGGUAAAUGGGACGGGGCCUGGGAUUGGGACUGGAGCUGGAGCUGGAACUGGAACUGGCGCACGCGGCGAGCCUUUGACUGCUGAAACGGCCAUGCAAACCGCCAAUGUAUCGCCUGCCCUUUCAAGGUCACCCGCGUCGCUGCAGUCACGACCCUCACAGCAAUCGCUCCAGUCGGAGCAUUCUCAUUCUCAAUCUCACUCUCGUUCGCAACCUUCAACUUCUCUGACCAGUCGGUUCGCCGCCUCCAAGCGCCCACAGACUUCGCAAACUGGGAGGGGGCCACCACAGACGUCGACUGUCGACCGAAAUCAGCCUCAUCGUCCGCCACAACUCCAACUUCACCACGAGCAAUCCCGCGAUAAUUCUGCCACCAAGAAUCCUCCUGCCGCCCCCUCCCCAUACCACAACCAGACUCCAGGAUCGGCUCCCCCAUCCUUCCGCCACGCAUCCACCGAGGGGGCCAAGCGACCGUCCAACAAGAGCGGGUUUUUUCACUUGAAUAAAUCCUCCAAGGGUUCGAAUCAACUCCUGCACAAUCACACCACGUCGUACUCCCAGUCCCGAGAACAACUGGCCGUCAGGGGGAACGACGAGUCAGGUGCACCAAAGUCUGCAACUUUGCCCUAUACACAAGAUUAUCUGCAGCAGCCCACGUUACCAUCCCGAUCAGAGCUGUCACUUUCAUCCGCUGGAGACUACGACGGGGCAUCCGUCCCUGCGUCAGGUGGAAAGAGGAGUAAACCAAAGUCCUUUGGCUUGCUGAGCCGGACCAAGUCCAAUAGGGACAAAGAUCGCAGUCAUUUGAAGCCGCCCCCGGUCCCCGUUCCCGCUGCGUCGAGCCGAAACGAAUAUUACGACAAUAGUGCUCCUCUUCGUACCGCACCCAUGGCUCAAGAUCGAGCAUUCAGAGACAUGAUGAAUUCCAGCGCACGAAACAGGUCGGAAGACAGGGCCAUUGGCCGUGACUCGUCACGAGAUAAGGACAGAAGUGCCCUCCCUUCAUCGUUCAAAGAAAAUGGAUCAGGUUUCUUUAGCGGCUUGCGGAGUUCUUCCACCAAGGCUGCUGAUAUGAUUAGCAAAGGUCUCUUUGGCAAGAGCUCGAGAAGUGGAAGCACGACUGAAAGAGAGCCCAUUAUAGACGAUGAGCACUACGUCCUAAAGGUUAUCAACCUACCACUAGUGGAACAGACUCGAAAAACCCGCAUCUCUAAACGACUCGAAAGCUCCAGAGACAAGACAGAGUUUUGGAUGCCGGCCUUUCCUUGGAGAGCAAUUGAUUAUUUAAAUUACAAGGGAUGCGAUGUCGAAGGGUUAUAUCGCGUUCCUGGCAGUGGCCCGCAAAUCAAAAAGUGGCAGAGAAAGUUUGACGAACAUGGUGACGUCAAUCUUUUCGAAGACAACGACCUAUACGAUAUUAACAUCAUUGGCUCAAUGUUAAAAGCAUGGCUUCGAGAGCUUCCCGAUGAGCUGUUCCCUAAAGAGGCGCAAGAUCGUAUUGCUCGCGAAUGCUCUGGCGCUACUGAAGUGCCACAGAUGCUCAUUGAUGAAUUAUCCAACUUGUCGCCUUUCAACUAUUAUCUCUUGUUUGCCAUCACAUGUCAUCUGAGUCUUCUCCUGUCGCAUUCCGAUAAGAACAAGAUGGACUUUAGAAACCUUUGCAUCUGCUUCCAGCCUUGCAUGAAGAUUGAUGCGUUUUGUUUCAAGUUUCUGGUCUGCGAUUGGAGAAAUUGCUGGAAGGGUUGUAAGAAUGAGGCAAAGUUCAUCGAGGAAGAGUACCGGUUGUUUGAUCAGCCCCCACCUCGAGGCAUCACAGAACCCAACGGUCCGUCACAGACUGAGGAACACGACGAUCGACAGCCAUCGUCGACUGACAGCAGCAAGCCUUCCAACUACAGCCACGGCGACAAACACCGUCAACGUCAGUUGUCUGACUCAAACGCCAGUUUCGGGUCCAAAGUCUCGACAAUCUCGACCAAUGUGACGACCAACAGUGAGCGUGAGCCGCAAGAGGCGACAAGAAAUAUGCGUCCCUUGUCACCAAUUAAACCUCUGUCCCCUAUCGGCUUCUAG